AUGUCUAAAGGUUUUAGAAGCACAACAGGAAAUGCAAUUGGCAACUAUGUAGGCGAGACAAGCAAACAAAUAAGAAAUGGUUUUGGUGUGUACAAUUAUUCUAACAAAUUUUCCGUUAUGGAGGAGAAUGGAGGAAAGGAAAGAAACAUGGAGAAGGUGAGCUUGUUGAAGCAAAAUGGAGAUAUUUACAAAGGAUCAUUUUAUCAACAUAAGAAACAUGGUAAAGGCCAUCAAAUUUACAGCAAUGGUGAUGAGUAUGAAGGGGACUGGGUGCAAGGAUUGAAACAAGGUCUUGGAAGAAUCAAAUAUAGUGAUGGUACCAUAUACAAAGGUCAAUGGCGAAAUAACAUGUUUAAUGGUGAAGGCUCCAUCUUCCAUGUGCCUGGAGUAGAUUAUUUUGAAGCAGAGUCUUAUCCACUGACAGAAAUGUUGCCAGAUAAUGAACCUUUUGUUAAUGGCAAGAUAGAAGAAGUAGCCCUCACCAUUGAAACCGAAGACAAGAAUGUAGAAAUUGUACAAAGAUUUUGCUAUUACAGUUGA